AUGCCUUCUUCAAGGGUGGAUCGGUGGUCGGUGGGAACGUUAUUGUUCACCGUGUUCGUGGCAAGUUUACAGUGGUCGGUAGUGCUAGCUGCUGCAUUCUACUAUCCAUCAGAUGGAUAUCAAACUAAUCAGUACUACUACAAUGCCCCAUCGGCGGGUGAUUCUUGGGCGCAACCUUCACAGAACGGUUAUUACUACUCACAUCCAUCGAAUUCAAUUGCUCCCAGUGCGCCACAAAACGGGAAUUUAGGUGGAAGAUUUGAUUACUACGGUGUACCAGGUUACGAAGAUUAUCGAACGCGUCAAGACAACCGGUACGCCUGGAACGAUCCUUACGCCCGAAGACAGUGGAACAGUUACUACCAGCGUAACUACUACUAUCCUUCCGGAAGUGCUGAUAGCUGGAAUGACCGAAGGGACAGUUCGCCGUAUUAUAGUCGAAGACGACAAGAUUCAGGUCAACCAGUGGACAUGACGACGCAAGCAACGACGCCUGUUCCUCUCCGUCCCAGUGUACCGCGGAAGAAAAAGCUAUUUGUGCCUAAUGUCUGGGGGUAA